AACUGGCAAGCACUGGCAAGUGGCAACACUGAUUUGUACAAAGCAACGCGAUUUGUGUCAGUCAAAAAUUAUUGCGUUUUUUCAUUUCUAAUUAAAUUGAAUUUUUGUGAACAAUGUGAUUUAUACGUUUUAAAAAUUGCUGAAUAUUGGAUCUCGUGUUGUGAUGUGUUUACUAAGUGUUUUUACAUAUUUGUGCAAUAACCCAUUGGAGUGAUAAAAAUGGCCAAGAAGUCUGAUAAUGCUGGUGGGAAAUUAGUGACAGUUUCUGUUGUGGGAUUGUCUGGUACUGAGAAAGAAAAGGGACAGCUGGGGGUGGGGAAAUCCUGUUUGUGCAACAGAUUCGUUCGUACCGACGCUGACGAUUAUAACGUUGACCACAUCUCUGUACUCAGUCAGUCCGACUUCAGCGGUCGCGUGGUAAACAACGACCACUUCCUGUACUGGGGCAGCGUGCAGAAGGAGCAAGAUGAGCAGGAGUACCGCUUUGAGGUGGUGGAGCAGACAGAGUUUGUGGACGACGCAUGCUUCCAGCCGUUUAAGGCCGUGGGCAAAACGGAGACGUUCGUAAAGCGAUGCGUGGCCACGAAACUGCAGUCUGCGGAGAAGUUGAUGUAUGUGUGCAAGAAUCAACUCGGCAUAGAGAAGGAGUAUGAACAGAAGUUGAUGCCCGACGGCAAGUUGAGCGUCGACGGGUUCCUGUGCGUGUAUGACGUCAGCCUGGUGCCUGGUCGCAGUUGGGAGAAACAGAACGAAGUCCUAGCAGCGAUACUGCAAAACAUAAUCAAACUGAAAAAACCAGUAGUGUUGGUGACGUCAAAAAACGAUGAAGCCUGCGAGCAAGGGGUCAGAGAGGCAGAGAGAUUGGUUCAGAGGAAGGAGUUCAAGGGGGCCAUACCCAUUGUGGAGACAUCCAGUCAUGACAAUGUCAACGUCGACCAUGCCUUCUUCCUUUUGGCGCAAAUGGUGGAUAAAUCUAAGGCCAGGAUUAAGGUGGCGAAUUACGCGGAGGCGUUGCGGAUAAGGCGCGAGACUUUGGACUUCGUCACCGAGGCUUUCACGCAGCUAAUUAGAAUACACGUCCAAGACCACAAAGAGAUAUGGUCAACAGUGAGCAAGAGGUUGUGUCAUUAUCCCGAGUGGGUCAAGUUUGUGCAGCAAUUUGGCAACGAUGGUACUCAGGUUGUCUUCCGUCGUCACAUAAGGAGAUUGAAAGAGGAACGUUCCGCGAAGAAGUUACGCAAGCAGCUCGCGAAGCUGCCGCAAGUUCUCGCGAGAAUGCAGCUACCGACAGAUGACCUGCAAGAGAACGACUGGGGAGUGGUGUUGCGUCAGCUCAGAGCGCACAGAGACUUCUCCGUGUACUUCAGCGAGAGCCGCGCGCACUCGGGGUGCUCCGGCUCGGGAUCGGAGCCCGAGAGUCCCCUUAAUGCUGACACCACCCUCAGAGUGGGGGAGAGGGCUAGAUACCAGACGUUAGGACAGUCCCAAAAGAUUCCGUACGAAAUAUUAGAAACGAACGAAGCAGCGUCGAUAUUCAAGACAUAUCUCCACGAGGCGCAGGAAAAGCAGAGGAACUACGAAUGGUGUCAACAAUUCAAACGCCUUCUAGAAGAGACCGGCUACGUCACGCCGGGGAAGCAACUCUCAGAAGUACGAGUGUUGUUGAUGGGGAGGGAAUGUUAUGAGGCUUUGACUGAGGAACAGCAGCAGAGGGUGUACGACGACCAUCAGAGGGAGAUACAGCGAAGGGCGAAGCAUAAUUUACAGGAACUGUUAUUGGAGCACGCCGAUUUGUUCUACCAUUUCAAGAGGAUAUCACCCACGGGUACCAUCACCCAAGAGGACAUCAAAGAGAUUACGGACGUGCUACAGGAUGAUUUCAGAUACAAAAUGCUGGACAGGAUGGAGCAGGACCGCAAGCUGAUGCUGUUCCAGCACCUCGGCUUCGUGCACUGUCCGAUGAGGGAGCACUGCCCCGCCGCCGCCAACUGCCUCGACGCCACCCUGCCUGUCAUACUCAACACUAGAGUCGGGUCGUUGACGUCAUCGAGCGAGUCUCAGUGCCACGCGGGACCGCCGGCGGCGCCCUGGGCGUUGACUACGGACUCCAAUCAAAUAAACCUUAUCAUAUUAGGGGUGGAAGGCAUAGCGGGUGAAUUUGGCAAGCGUCUAAUAGCCGGAUGCGAUAGCGAGAGGCGCGUCAACAUCAACGGCCAUUCGUGGCGCGUCGAACAAAGACUGCGCACAGACGACUUCGCCGCUGAACCGCCGCGGGAUUUCGCUCCCAAUGGCUACUUCUGUGUCUAUCAAGAUCAAGAAUCUUUCGAGUACAUCAGAGGGUGCGCCGAGAAGACACUACUAUCUAGUCUCGAACAAGAAGACAAAUUGCCCUUUCAGGGUUUGCCUCUGGUGGUGAUGUUCGUGCAGGACGACGGCGUCGACAAGAAAGAGAUCGCCAGACUGCAGGAGGAGGGGCAGAAUCUCGCAGACAAUUUACAUUGUUCCUACAUGGAGGCUUCGGUCAGUGAGCUAGGCACGGAGGCGCUGACGGCCGACGCGAUACAGGAGUUGAUACGAGCAAACAGAGAGAAAGCCAGCUACGCGCACUUGUAUAGAGACCUCAUUGUGUGCUUCGAUGCUGAUAUACGCAUAAUGGUGUGCAUGUUCUGCGACGACCCGUACUCCCCGGAGCGCGUGCUCAGUCCGCUGCUGCUGCACAGAGCGUGCUUCCUCACCGGGGACAGAUCUAUACUCAUCGAGACAUUUCUCGGUGACUCUAAGAGGAAAGUCGAGGUGAUAAUCUCCAGUUUUCACGGAGCUAGUCAGUUUAGAGAAGAACUCAUACAUGGAUUCAUUUUGAUAUACUCUGCGAAAAGGAAAGCCAGUUUAGCGACGCUGAAUGCAUUCUCAAUGAACAUCCCGAACCUGCCGAUACAAAUGGUGGCAGUGACGGACGGCGGAGGCUCGGCCGCGAACGCGUUCUUCGGCACUGACCUGGGACACGCGCUCAUCACCGAGGGAAACGCUACUGCCGACCGGCUGGGAGCGCAUUUCACUACAUACACCUCCAGUGCUGAGAACAAGUCCGCUUUCUACACGCCGUUCUUCAAAGAGGUGUGGGAGCGCAAGGGCGAGAUCGAGCGCGCGUUCCGCUUAGAAGCGCCGCACACGCGCCACAACGCGCACAACCCGCACAACCUUCCCGACGUGGCAGCCGGUCGCCCCGCGCCGCCGCCGCGCCUCCACUCCUACCACAUCGACCACAAAAUGGACAGCCACAAGUUAACGAACUCCUUGGACCUGCUCAUCGGGCCGGACUCGAGAGCAGACAUCGACUCUGAAUACAGUGAUACUUUGAACAAUUCCAAAAAUAGAGGAUUCUUAAAAGGAUUUAGCGUUUACCCACCACCAAGUACCCCGCCAGAGCCUGCGCCGCCUGAUCACAGGAUGCAUGCGGAUUUGUCGCCCGAUCUCAAUUGCUCGGAGGAUUCGCUCAGCACCCACGAGUCAGACGGCGGCGGUCUAUGGCAGCCGGCGGGCUACGGGCAGCGCGCGUUCACUACGGGCCGAGCGCGCGCGCCUGCUCCUCACCACCAACGUCUCAGACACUCGCAGACAUUGAAGCAACCUGGUAAAUUGGACAUGAACAACUACACGAUGGUGAGCGACGCGUUGCAGCACAUCACUAUAGGAGCGCCUCAACAUAGGGAGAGAAAGUCGCAGCGAUCCGGGUGGUCACACUCGAGCAGCCAACAAGGUGGUCACCACCACCAUCCGUCCGGCGUCAGCUCGGAGACCGAACUGGAUGCGCAGUACGCACAGAUAAAGGAAACUAAUGAGUACAUGGAGGCACCGUCGAUGACUAGGUUAAGAAGGCAUAGGAGACACGAAAAAACACCUCUACAUCAGCCAUCGUUCUCAGAAACAGACAGUUCGGGGUCGAGCGAGGCGUCCGGCGGCGCACGCGCUCACGUGCGCCGCAGACACGCUCACCAUGCGCAUCACGCGCCGAGGCAUUAUAAGAAAAGGUCGUUAGGUAACUUAGUAGCGGUACAGAGUCCUAGGGUGCCCAAAUUGGGCAUGUUUGUCGGUCCGCCGGAACUGCCCACCGGGUUCAGAGCGAGAACGCAGGAAGAUAAGGCGGCUAGUGAUUCAAGCGAAGGCAGCUCGGACGGGGAGACGCGGAGGCCCAGGCCUCUGCCCCCGCCGCCAACACACCACGAACCUACUCAUAAGAUAUUGUCAGGAGAAUAUCCUUCCUCGGCACAAGACAACUCGUCCUCGAGUGCGGCGGACUCUCGCCGACGACCCACCGCCUUCGGGAAACACGACCGGAGGCAUAAGGAAUUUUCAAAAAGCAAAGACAAGAAGAAUGCAGCACAAACACAAAACCCGCCCGCCGUACUAAAUUGGGGUCCACAGGGUCCACACGGAGUUCCUCUAUUCGUGGAGAAAUGCGUUGAUUUCAUCGAGAGGGAGGGACUCGCUUCAGAGGGCUUGUACCGCGUGCCUGGAAACAGGGCACACGUCGAUAUGUUGUUCAGCAAAUUCUAUGAAGACCCCAACAUAGAUUUAGAAGCUCUAGACAUACCAGUGAACGCUGUAGCGACGGCGCUCAAGGACUUCUUCUCCAAGAAGCUGCCGCCGUUACUCGACGAGCCCAGCAUGGCGCAAUUGGAAGACAUCGCGGCGAUGCGUGGCUGCAUAGCGGGCGGCGUGGAGCUGAAGGACCGCAGUUGGAGGCUGUUGGCUCUGCGCGCGCUGCUGGCCUCCGCGCUCACCCCCCCCGCGCGCUCCACCCUCGACUACCUGCUGAACCACUUCGCGAGGGUGGCAGACAACUCGAAGCUCAACUCGAUGGACAGCAAGAACCUGGCCAUCUGCUGGUGGCCGACGCUGCUGCCGGUGCACUUCUCGGACAUGGGCCGCUUCGAGAUGACGCGGCCCUACCUCGAGGACAUCGUGCAGACCAUGAUCGACCAGCACCCCUUCCUGUUCCGCGGUCAGGAGGCGUUUGUCAUGGUGUGAGAUCCGUGUGAACCCACAAUGCAGGUUGCAUUCGUGAUGGACGACGUCUGACGUCACAGCUUUAAGAGUGACGUAACAAAACGUGCAUUGAAACGUUUAUUGUACCGUGUACCGUUCCAGUGAGGUUAAAUUAUAAUGAUAUAGUGCGUAAGGCGGCUAUGGACACGCGAUUGUAGGCUUUAUUGGUUCCGAGUAAGUGUCUAUAUUUGCCUGGCGUCCCCGAGAGAGUCGCUGGUCACUUUUGUACGUCCGCGGCGGCGCCGGCGGGACGACCAGGGGGCUAUUGUUGUUGUAAUGUAGGUAUUUAAGGUUUAGCCUCGAUUGGUCCUAUUCUCGUCCGGUUCGAACGGUCCAAAUCGCACCUAUAUCGCGGAUGGUUCAAUCCGUAUUGGUGUAAUGGACCGAAUGAGAAAUAGACCGGUCGCGGUUCGAAACGGUUUUUAACGAUUCGGUAUUCGAAAUUGGUGGAUUAUUUUUACAAGUGUUGUCAUAUCAUAUUAUGCUUAGAGAUACACCCGCGUCGCUUCCGUAAACGAUAUUUAGCGCUUAUAUUUAUUUUGAUUAUACGUCGAAUAGUGUAACAUAGGCCGUUGGGCAAUUGGGCAGUUGGGCAAAUGAACAGUUUGGCAAUUGGGCAGCGUGAGAACUGACGUUGUACGGUGGACUUAAAAUCAUGGAUCAGUAUUUUAAUGGUAGGUGUUAAUCAAAUUAUAUCGCAUUUCUAUUAGGCGUAAGGUUGAGAUUCCUGCACAAAAUGUAUUUAACGAAAGUAUAAUAAUAAUGAGAAAAAAAUAAACGUUUUCUAAUGUAAGCAUUAUUGGUAUAUUAAACAUUAUAUUAUUAUUAUAUUUAAAUUAAUUAAUUAAUUAUUAUUAUCAAUGAAAUGAAACACCACGUAACGUGCACAUUCCGUUCAGUCGAUGAGUAAUUAAAUAUUGGAUAAUUAUAAAACUAAUUAAUUAGAGGGUACGCUUAUAUCGUUUCAAAACGCAUAUAGAAUAUAUGAAGCUAGCAACGAAUCGGCCCAUUUUGGAUUUUAUGACAAAAAAUAUCAUAAAAAAAUGUACAUCAAAGGUCGGGAAAGAUUUUUUUAUGAACUUGCUUGAAAAAUUAAUUACGAGUGAUUAUGUCAUAAUAGUUUUAAACAAUGUUUUUAUUUCUCGUUAAGUAGGUUGUAUUAUUUUACACACAAACAAACAAUGUGAUGUUUCAUACUCUACUUUAAAUAAACUCAAAAUUUAACAAAACAUUACUUAUAGUUGUACUUUGGAAUGGAUAUAUAGUUGGUUUAUUAACCAAAUAUUUAUCCAUUCCAAUAAAUUCAUUACUAUUCGUAAUGAAGUGAGCAAUCAAGAACAAUCAAUAAUAACAUAAAUAUAUACGUAAUCCAAUGGGAUUAUAAUGUAAAGAUUUAUAGUGCGACACAAAAGCUGAUUUCAUGAUUUACAUUUAUAAAAUUUAAAUAAAUUCAAGCCAAUCUCAUCUAAAUAAAUUAUAUUUAUUGUAAUUUGUCUGGUAAUUAUCCGUAUUUCCGCUAUAAUUUUAGUGAUCUAAUAAAACUAUCGAUAAUGAUUGGUUGCACUAUAAUGACAGAUCUUUGUGAUAAUGACAGUAAAUGUGGUGUUGCCACACAGCAAGUUUGUUAAUUCCAUUUUUACUAACUUUUACUCUUUUAUGUCGCAGUAUACUAUGUUCUACUGAUAUUAAUGAUGCUAGGAAUCCAAAAUUUUAUUCAUGCUAUGUAAAAAUACUCUUGCCGAAGACUAACAGUGGUAUUCAUAGACGUUGUAGGGGCGCCCCCAGUGGAUCAUUCAGCCGAUAAGUGUCGAAUUUAACCUCUAUUUGUUUGAGAAUUUGACACUCAGCGGGUGAAUGAUCCCCUGGGGGUGCCCCUACAACGUCUAUGAAUUCCACUGUAAAAGCUUGAAUCACAUUUAUUAGCAUCGAUUUACAUUUUACAAGUAUAUGUCUAAGGAGAAAGAAGAAGAAGAAACACUUAAUUGUAUACAAAUACAAAUAUGAAAGAAUAAAUGAUUAAAAUAUAUAAAUGAAAGGAGACUUCAUUGCUGAGAGCAAUUAAAGUAACUCCUGGUAACAUUGCUUGUAGAAACAGUAUUGUUUUGGUCCGAGUACAGAGCGAGCUUGCAAAGGAUUCUAAAGUUGAACUGUGACAGUAGCGAGUGAUUCUUAGUUGGAAUCCUGAGUACAUUUUUAAAAGACAAGUAGUGAUUAUUAUUUUUUUCAAUACUAUAUUCGCAUAUAUUUAUGCAAAUAGUUAACCUCAAGUUGAGAUUGAUUCAAAAUCACAAUUUUAAAUUUUAAAGUUUGGAAAUAAAUAAUUAAAAAAUACAAUUGAAAGGAGACUUUAUUUGACGGCCGCGUGGCGCAGUGGGUAGUGACCCUGCUUUCUGCAUCCACGGCCGUGGGUUCGAUUCCCACAACUGGAAAAUAUUUGUGUGAUGAGCAUGGGUGUUUUUUCAGUGUCUGUGUGUAUUUAUACAUUAUAUAAGUAUUUAUAUGUAGUAUAUAAAUGUAUAUGAAUAUUAUAAUAUCAACUAUCUUAGCACCCAUAACACAAGCUACUCUGUAUGCUUACUUUGGGGCUAAAUAGUGAUGUGUAUUGUUUAAGUAUAUUUAUUUAUUAUUUAUUAUUUAUUGCUACGAGCAAGCAAGGUAAUCCCUGAUAAUAUCGUUCGUUAAAAUAGUAUUAUUUUGGUCCGAGUACAGAGCGAACUUGCAAAGAAUUCUUAAGUUGAGCUGUGACUGUAGCGAGUGAUUCUUAGUUAGAAUCCUGAGUAUUUUUUAUAAAGACAAGCAGUGAGUAAUAUUUUUUUAAUACUAUACUUACAGAUAUCUAUGCAAAUGGCUAGCCUAAAGUUGUGAUUGAAUUAAAAUCAAAAUAUUAUCUUUCCACUAAAUCUCAAUUGAUGCUUUUAGAAGUGAUUCAAGUCUAUUUUUUGUAUAUUAAAAUAAAUUAUUCUUGCCAUUAAAGCAAAAUUGAGAAGCAAAGUGUUUAGCCAUAGUAAAUAAACAGAUUGCUAGAUGUAGCAAUUAUUUUUGUUUUUUAUUUGCAAGAAAGAAAUAAAAAAAAAUGUCAAUAACCGAACCGUAUAUAAAUACCAAAUACCAAUGCAACAAAAUUCAUGUCUUACAAUUUAAGAGGCAGCUUUUCUUUUUUAAUACAUUGAGACUGAUAUUCCUUGUUAAAAUAUUGAAUGAAAAUCACAUUUCAUCCAAACACAGAGCAAAAACCUUAAGGAUUGAGUUUAAGGUUGAAUUUACAUUGUGCAUCCACUUUUUAAUAGAAUAUCGAUGAUUUCAUCAUUAUCUCAUUAACUUUACCAUAGACUGAGUUAUUGUUAUCUUCCACUCCUUUUAUCUACUCUUUCACACGCUCUUAUCAUGCUAUUUGGUCUUCCUCAUCUGUUUUAUCCUUACAUUUUCAAAUUUAAUCUUUCUCUCUUUAUUAUAGUUAACAUCAAUUGCAGGCGCAUGAUGUUAAAUGUCGAACGCAAUUUAGGUAUGAUAUGAUCUCAUUUACGUCAUUAUUUAUCUGAAACGGUCUCUUUUGGUUUCUACUUUAUGUACAAUUUGGUUUGGUGUCAUUCUGACAUAGCAAGAAUAUAUCGAUAACCGUCGUUAAAGGAAAAUGCACCGAAUGCAGCUUGUUUUAAAAAUUACUUUUCUCUUUAAUUCUACAAUAUCGCAGCAUAUACAGGGUGUUGCGAAGUAUUUCCCAUAACUUCAAGGUGUUCACAAGUCCACUUAUAGGAGUCAAAAAAAUACUGUAUGUGUUUUAAUACAAAGUAAUUGAAAUAAUUCCGACUAUACAUGUAACGCAUGCCUUUAUCUACGUUUUAAAAUUCGUAAUCGUAGUGGUAAAACUGUCGAUAUCGACGAGAUAUUGCAACUGGCACUCUGCACUGCACUAGUAAGCUACUUCAUGAUAUUUAUCAAUGAAUAAGUUGGCUAGGUCAUAAUAUAACGAUGCGAUAUAUGGGACACAAUUUAAGAUCUAUUUACAAAAUGUUUUUUACUCCGAAAAUAUUAAUUUUAGAACUCAUGUUCCUUGGACAUUUUUAAAUUAUUUUCCUUAAAAAAAACCCUAGAGUUAUGGGAAAUACUGCCGAGCAACCUGUAUAUAUAUAACCUACCUCAUAUAAGAUUGGAAAUACCAGUGCAGCGCAAAAUAUUUCCUUGCAUUGAGUUAAUUGCGUUGCGUUGUAAAGAGCCUCAUUUUGGGCACUUGGUUUUUAAUUUACUAUUUUUUUUUAAAAUAGCUUUUUGUAUUUGUCAACUUCCAAACAUCACAAUGUAAAUUAUUAAUUUAUUAAAUUAAACAUUGUUGUCAGUAAUGUUUUACGCGAGAUCUUGGCGGUGGACGGUUUUGAAGCGAAUGGCCUAUUUUGUAUAUUUUAGCGUUUUAUAAUAUAGACUGAAUGUAGAAAUUAUUUUUUUUUGUGCAAAAAGGAAUAUUUUUGUAUGUAGAAUAUUUUUUUGUUUAUUGACAUAGACAAAUGUGGCAGCUUUCGUGUCAUGUCUACGAAUUAAUGGAUAGAGACUAUAGUCUCUAUAAAGAGAAAGAGGUUGAGUUUUUUGCACACGGCUGAGUCCUCGUCUGCGCGGUAGAAAUGUCAGGCGUUUUCUUCUCAUUAAAUUAAUUAUUUAAUUAUUCAAAUCACGCGAUGUCGCGUGACGAUAACAUAUCAUCACGCGAAGUCGCUUGAUAAUAUGUCAUCGUCAGUGGUCGUGGACUUCAUAGAUGCAAAAAUGCACUGCUUACGCUUAGGACUAAUUACAAGAGAAGGUAAAAGGCGAUUACAGUUGUAAAAAUAUACACCUAUUGUAUUGGAAGUAAAAUAUUUUGUGAUAUCCAUAAUAUAAAACUUUUACAUUUGAAAUCACACACGCAAUACACAAUAAAAAUAACAUUAAAUUUAAUUUUUAUUUUGCCCUAAAUGAAGUCAUCAUUUUGGCUUGGCAAUUAUCGUAUCGACAAUCGUGCGUGUUGGAAAAAUACGGGUUUACAUAAGAAGCGGAUUUAAAGAGCAAAACACGAUUAUGUCUAACAAUUCCCACUGAGAAUGUUAUCAAUAAAACCUCGAGUGGUAGAGUCCCGGACUUGUGACCGUUGUAUGUAGGGUUAAAGACGUCUUGAGCUAGUCGCCUAUAUAGCUAGCACUCGGCCUCCCACUACUUCCCACGUAACUCACGGAACACUUCGUACUAUCUCUGCUCGUGACGACACAAGUCGACCGAUCUAAUGACCUAUUCGCGCCGACACGCGCGUUCUACCACUGUAUCGAGCGGACGAGGACCAAUCACGUGGUUUGUCACGUCAUGGCCAUGCAUGGUCCAUAAUGAGUGAUAUUCUAAGGCACUUAGGUCAGCUGCAUUUGUAGGAGCUCAUUUUACGUGACGCGAUUAAAGCCGGAUUUAUAUUUGUCUGACGUGUCGUGACAUGACUCAUCAGAACAGAAUCGGUUUCAUACAUUUUGUAUGGCGACGUUUACACUUGUGUUGUGACGUGUCGUGAUGGCUUCUGAUGUGCCGCAUACAAAAUGUGUGAUACAGAUUCUGUUAUGAUGCGUCACGACGUCAAACAAAUAUAAAUCCGCCUUUACAAACAUAACUCCCAACGAUGAAGUAUGUGUGACACACAGUACGUCGUUAUAUUUAAAUUAUUAUUAUGAAUUAAAGAAAUGCUUUUAUUAUAAAAUUAUUAUAUUAUGUCGUUUUUAUUUUUAUGAGAAAUUCUAAUCACAAACGUAUCCAGUGCAAUCGUUUAUAAUUUUACACCACAAUUUAUUAACACAAAUGUAUCCUCGUGAAGCUUUUAAUAUAAAAACGUAUAGAAGGAAAUGCAAUUUCUAUAUUAUUAUAAUAUAAUAUAUUAUUAAUAUUUUGUUUGCGUACAGGGCCCUUAUUCUCUGUGACACUCGAAUUGUCAUUGUCAUUUUGUGACGUCAAUAGAUAGUAGAAACACAUGGACCAUAAUGUCAUCAAUUUAUAUAUUGAUCUACAAAGAUAAUGAUAAUAAAGGCAUAUAUAACUUAAAUCUUUAUUAAAAAUUGUUAGUCAUGGAUCCGUAAUACAAGCUGUGAGUAGCUUCAUCUCGAUGAGACGAUCAACUUUUAUAUUUACAAAAAAAAUUUGAUUCUGGUAGCUAACUGAGUUACCAGGAAAUAAAGAAUUCUAAGCGUCGGAACGAGAUAAUGUACCACGCAAAUUGUAGGAAAUUGUAGCUGUAAACAAAACAGCUGGUUAGUAACAACUUUUAAAAAUUGAUAUAAGUUGGGAGGAGGGUAGUGUAACAAAAGUUUUAUUUUCAUUUUGUAGUUGAACCCUCAUAUUUGUAGGGUUCAAUUGAUAAGAAUGUCACACAAACAAACAAGUUAUAUACUUAAGUUUGUGCUAUUAUUAUAAAAUAUCAAUAUACAAGAACAUUGGUUGAAAAUAUCUAUGAUUUGAGUGUCACAGAGAAAUGGAACCCGGCAACAUGUGAAAUCAAUGUAUUCAUAAGUAAUAUUUAGUAUACUAGAUGUUUCCAUUAAGCAUAGUUAAGGUGUAUUUAUUGUGUAAGUUUUUAUCGAUACAAUAUCAUUAUACAGCGCCGCCAUUUUGUGCGCACGCGCCGCCAUGUUUGUCGCGACGCGCGCACACAAAAUGGCGGCACGCUAUUCGUGUCCAAUAGGGGAAUGAUGCGAGGGAAUUUUUUAUAUUUUACUAUACGAAUCGAAAAAGACGUAGGUAUCGUAAUUUCGUUUCUAAAUAUUAUUUUUGUAAAGAGUUUUUUUUUUUAAUUUUAUUUUAUUAAAUGUUUACGCUUCGUCCUCAAAGGCGCCCUGAUUUCAGAUUUCCCCUUUUUACUGUGGAUUUUUUUUUUAACGAAAAUGUCAUUGACUUUUAUAGCUUUUUUCCUGUUUUGAAUAUGCGCUUAAUUUACAUAACAUAAUUAAGGAAAUAGUAUUUCCUACUAAUUUAUAAUAUUACUAAUAUUAUGUAAUUCUAACAACUUUUUAAUAUAUUUUGCUUAAAAAUACUAUAUGUUAAGUGCGACUUGGUGCGUAUUCAAUACAGGGGAAAAAUAUAAUUGCGUGACCAUUCGUUUUUGUGUAAUUUCUAUAUAAAUAUUCGAUGUAAAUAUUGUACAUUGAUUGAGUUUUCGUAAUUUAUUUAUUAUUAUUUUUUAAAAUGAUUUUGUAAAAUUUUUUUUUGAAAGCCAUAAUGAAUUGUUACUAUAUUUGCAAUGAUAUGUUUGCUAGAAUGUUUUUUAUUUACUAUAAAUUAUAAAUCUACUAUAUAUUUCAUUUUUAUAAAUACAGCACUUUUGUUUUUUUUUUUUUUAGAGAUGUGCCAUUUUAUUUUUGAAAAUGUAUGGUGAUUUUAUAAUUCCUAAACAAAGUGGUUAUUCCAUGCUUUGUGUUUACGUCCAAAUUCUUUUCUUGUAGGUUGUUCUAAAGUAGACUCAAUGUACGCUUCGAUGACUGUAGAUUCAUUUGCUGCUUAGUAUUAAUCGUACAUUAAAGCUUGGCAAAUUAAUAAAAUAUAUCCUGGCAAUACAAUAAAAUCUUAAACUUGGCAGCGGUCUACAGUUGCCAAGGAAACUUUUCAUGGAAUUGUCAAUCAUCAUAUCUGGCAUCUUCGUAAAAUUACCCUACAAAUAUAGCAGUCUAGUUCAUCUACUUUUGGAAGUCACUUUGGCUUUUGAUGUAGUUAGACCAGGCGCUGUGUGGUAUUGUGUGUGCGAUUAUGCACAGGAGGAACGCAUUCUGUUAACAGUUAUGAUCUCAGAAAAGCAUGAAGAUUACAAUUUGAUUACAAUUCUGCACGUUGGAGGUUUGUUGGUUCAUUAUUUUGUUUCCCAUUUGAUAUCGAGUAUGUGGACUGAACAAAUACUGUGUAUCAGUUUUAUUGGUUUUUUUGUUAAGAAUAUACAAUUUAUGUUUAAUUUCGGUAUGAAUUUAAAUAUAACCUGCCACAAUUUGAGCAAAUACUACGAAAAAGGUUAUAGGAUACUUCAUGUCGCGAUAUUUAUUAUCGCGACAUGAAGUAUCCCAUAUCUCGGGAUAAAAUAUACUAUCGGGAGUAAAAUAUACUAUCGGGAGUAAAAUAUAGGUUCAAAGUUUGUGUAAAAAGUCUUGUAGGUAUUACAAAAGUGUAAACAGAAUACGUUCCACCGAGUAUACAUACUCAAUACCUCAUAGCGCCUGGUCUAAAUGGUAAGGUGUACAGACAAGCGUAUGACAGUAAACAGUAGUUGAUCUCAGAUUGCGUGUUGGUGUGUAAAACUUGAGGAAUAUUCUUUAAAUCACACGAUUGGUUUGUUAAACACACACGAUUGGUAAUAUCCCGCGACUUAUUCUGCCCUUAGACCUCUUUAAUCCGGCCCUGUCGCAAAAUCCGUUCUUAGCGGACCUCUACUAAGAUAAACUACAGAUAUAAACUGCCUGCCAAAUUUCAUCUUUGUAUGCCAAGCGGAUUUCGCGAUGAGUGAUAUAGAUUGACAUUUAACAUUUUUCAUAAGCUUAAGGUCUUUUCUUAACUGUUUUCGUCAUUUUUGGAGGUUAACACUUGAUAUAUGAAGCAGCCAAUGAAAAUUCAGUCAAACAAUUUUGCUAUGUGCGUCUCAACUGUAAAACACAGUUCAAAAGAAUGUGUCAUAUUUUAUAAUAAAUAACCAUCUAUGUAACAA